CACGCAAACCAUAUAAUAGCUGUGCAUUUCGACCUAGGCGAUCAAUGAGUCAUAGCAUAUAAGUUGGAUAUCAAGAAACUGAGGGAUUUGGAAAAAUACUCUCAGGAAGUUUAUGAUAGUUUGUGUUAACGAAUAAAAGCUUGCUUGAUACACACAACCGGCCGAAUCCAUAUCCUGUGAAGCCAACGAUGGGCGUGUCUGGCUUGUUUAAAGUGAUAGACGAUAGCAAGCUCCUUACUGAUUACGAUCUUCAUGACACUCGACUCAUCAUUGAUGGUUCGAAUCUGUACCACUUCUUAUACAACUUGCCAGAAGAGUAUGGUGGGAACUAUGACACUUAUGCAGACACUUGUAAAACCUUCUUUGCCACCCUCAAGGCCUGUAAGGUGGAGCCUUACGUUGUCCUGGAUGGUGGGUAUGAUCCAGAUAACCAAAAAUGGAACACUGUGGUUCAACGGAAGGAGUCUAGAAUCUAUAACGCUAGUAAGAUAUGUAAAAAGGGCCCCGAUCCAAUCAAGCCGACCGUUGACAUGGAUGACGGGAAUGAUCCAGAAUGGAACACUGUGCUAAAUCGUAAGACGUAUAAAAGAGCGCGCGAUGUUCUAAAACGUGAGAACGGCACUGAAGUAACCAAGGACCAUGUUUGGCCGAUUCUAUGUGAAGAAACGUUCUGUCAUGUCCUGCGUGAGCUUCAGAUACCACACGUCAAGUGUCCAUAUGAGGCAGACAGAGAAAUAGCAGUGUUGGCCAAUAUGUGGAAAUGUCCGGUACUUAGUAAUGAUAGCGAUUUCUUUAUUUUCAAGCUAGAAAAAGGAGUUAUACCCAUCAUUCAUUGUUUGGCGAAAGAUAUCGGCAUGACAUUGAAACAUAAGAAACAGACGAAUACGUUUUCUUCCUUGAAGGAACCAGCGACUAUACCAACCGACCAGGAAAUUGUAUACAUCACUGUAAAACAUUACUGCUACACAAGUUUAAUUGGCAGGGUCAAUGGUCAAUGGGAGUUCCUACCAAUUCUUGCUACAUUUGGUGGUAAUGAUUAUGUAGAUUUCAACAAGUUGAAGCGUUUCUACACAGCGAUAUGCAAGAAGUAUGAAGAGAAAGAUCUAAGCCUGAUAACCAAAGACAAAACUCGACUGAAGUCAUUGUUUCUUUGGUCAACGGGCGUUAAAUCGGAAACAAACGCUAUCGAUGAAGUAUUGGAACAUGUUGAAGACUCAGAAGAAGAGAAAUUGAAACUGCAAGACGCUAUUCGCUACUCCUUACAAAGUUACAAAAACAUCGAGGAUUUCCCUACCAUGGAUGUUGCCAAGUUUUUCGCAAGUGACAUAUCGAAAUUCGAUAUUGGAACGAUGAUUGAUUACGUUCAAGAGAAAUCAUUGCCAGGGCGGUUAUUGGAGAUGUUAAGAACCUGCAAAAUGGCGAACUCAUUUCUGCAGAAUGUAGCUGUGAACCAAAGAGUUAUCUUCAAUUGUCAGAUAGAAGACAUGGAUGAACCUUCCACGUAUAAUUGCUCCCGGAACAUCCGAAAGGUCCUGUAUGGGUUAACGGGGAAAAGUAAAAUAGAAGAAAACGACAGACAGAAAAUCAAAAUAAUUACGGUUGAUAUUACAGCUUCUACGAAGGUUAGGUUUGGAACUCAGUACUUGGACGUUCCAUCGUUACAAAAUGUCCCAAAUGAUACCGUAGAGAAGAGGCAAAACAUCAUGUUUGGCACUUUAGGACUGAAUUCUAAACUAAUCGAUUCUUUACCUGCCGACCCGUGUGCCACGUUCCUUGUAGGUGUCCUACGUUUUUGGUGGACAAAUGCAGAACCAAAGGUUACAGAGAACCAUUUGAGUGCCGCUAUUAUUGGCAUGAUUUUAUUGCACUCCCACUCCAUACGGUCCGAUGCUUGUGAAACAGUCAAACAACAAUGCUUGGUUCCAAGUAUCGAGCAAGCAAUUAAAGUUCAAGAUAACGAUCAAGUUGAACAGUUUGUUAGAGAAAUGGCUAAUGAAAUGGAUAUUCAUCGAAACAAACAUACCGGUCAAGCAUAUUGGGGUAACGAAGAAAUAAAGAUAAUUCACGGCUUCUCACAGUUGCAGACAUGCUACCUGAGCGCCGUGUACCUGAAUCAGGCCCUAAUGUAUCCAGUGGACCUCCCCAGCCCUGCCGUUCUCUUCAAUUGUACGCUCAUGUACAACGUUUGCAGGAGUCUCAAGACAUCUAAAAUCACCGAUUGUUCAGACAACGUUUGCAAGAGCCUUGAGACAUCUAAAAUCACCAAUUGUUCAGACAACCGGUUCAUGAGACUUGAAACAUCUGAAAUCAACGAUUUUGCAGACAACAUUUGCAAUAGCCUUGAGACAUCUGAAAACACCGAUUGUUCAGACAUAUUCCCUUUGAAAUCACCGCUGCAUAAUUUGUUUACGUUGUGGAAAACUGUUGUCAAAACAACCGAGUCUAAAGACGGUGUUGCCGGUUAAUAUACUAGAGAUUAAAACACGGAAAAUAAUCAAAUGUUUGGAUUAAAUGGGUACCAGCAUGAAUACGAUUACAAACACUCCUCAGUGGACUCAAUGAAUAUUUACUUUUGAUAUGAAUUUCUGAACUGGCGAUGCUUUUCUUGAACAAUUUAAAUGAAAAAGCCAACUUAAAAAUGCACUGUGCUGUUUGUGGAGUUUUGUGCUGUUGUUCCAUGUUUCUUGUUUGUGAUUUUUUUGUUUUGUUUUUUUAUGUAUUUAGCGUUUGCCUGUGCCAUUAAACGGGAUUUAAGUUUAAACUUUUGGCUACUGAGCUUGUUUAUAUAGUUUUUCACAUAAGUAUCGUAAAGAAUUAGCCUUAUAUGUUUUUCAAAUAUGUUUAUAACUUAAAGCUGCACUCUCUCGGAUUGAACGUUUUGACAACUUUUUUUAUUUAUUGUCUUGGAACGAGCCAAUUUUUUGUGAAAACUUAUGGAAACCAGUUAUAUACGACUGUUGACAAAGAUUUAGAUCGCAGAUUUUUAUAUUUAAGAACAAAAAUGAUGUCUUAUGCAUUUUUCUUAAACCGUUAGUGUUAAGCCAUAAAAAAUUAAUUUUUGAACAGAAAUAUGAAUAUCUGCUAUCUGAUCAUUUGUUAGCAAUCUUUUAUCACUUGUUUGCAGUUAUUUACGCAAAAAUUUGCUCUUUCUAAGACAAAAAAUAAAAAUGGUGGAAAACGGUAUAUCUGUGAGAGUGCAGCUUUGAAAAAUUAUGGAUUCAAUCAGUAGUGUAAUCAUGCCAAUUGACAUAUGCUGUUCAAUGUUUGUUGUUCAUUUGCAAAUAAAAUUAUAUGAGAGACAGAGAGAGAGAGAGAGAGAGAGAGAGAGAGAGAGAGAGAGGACCAUUAAGUUAAUAUAUGUAAGAGGCUAUUGCCGACGGUAAAUUGGACAUAUAUUGACCGAACUAUUGAUAUUAAGAAUGAUUUUAGUUACUAAAGAAAUGUUUUGAAUUUUACUGGUAAUUUUGCUUUUAACGAAGAACAUUUAAAAAUUGGUGAAGCAUUAACAGUGCCAAAUGUCUGAUUCUGUGAAUGUAAUGAUUACGAUCUUAAACCAUUUGCUGGCAUUUUCAAACUGUAUUAAUGGAAAGAAAAACUGGGUAGCAAAUGUUCAAAAAAUCUUUUUAGUGAUUAUUGUUUUGCUGAUGAAUUUGUUAUCUGUAAAUGUUAUAAAUGCGAACUCAUUAUUUUGUGAAUUCAUAAGUAGAAUAUCUGAUUGUUAAAGGUAAACAUUUAAAACGACAUAAUGAAUGUGAAAUCACUCUUGUGUUAAUUAAAAGAAAGAAUACAAGUGCAUUUGAAUAUGAGCAUUACUUAAAGACAUACCCACUGUUAAUUCCAUUUCAUCUGUAUUCUCCAUGUUUUGAUCUUUUUCGAAUAAAUCUGCUAAACAAUAUUAUUUUACUCAUCCGUCUGUGUACAAGAUCAUAUGACUUGGAUAAUAACCUUUUUUACACAAAUCGUAUCAAAGACUGCGCAGAUCACAAAAUAAAUAAAGUUAAGUGAACUUG